AUUCAAGUUUCUUCUCUUACUCCCCUCCAUAACCACUUCACUUCCACUUCAACACGACUGACCUCAACUACAACCAUCAUGUCUUUACAGCCGCAGACCGCCGAUGCUAUUACCACAUCACCUCCGCUUUCGGACCAAACCAUGGCUACCUCUGACGACCCUAUCUCCGAGGUUGACCCCGCGCACGAGCGGUCUGAGCACGAAGAUUCCGACGACCAGAUGGACGAUGAUGAUGCUGCCUCCGAGACUUCGACCGUCGCCUACGAGCAUUUGGAUCAUGAGCCCUGGGAGACCUUCCAACACAAAGUCGCGCAGCUGGCUCAUAGCAUCUUCCCCGAAGCUUCCAAAAUUGAUAUUGAACGCAUGAAAGGCGGCUCAUUCAACCGGGUUGUCGGGGUUACCGUUCACGCUCGCACUCAAAACAUCUUCGCACGUUUGGUCGGAUGCUUCAAGCGACGCUUCUAUUCCAAGAAGUUAAACGUUGCUAAGAAGUAUGUUCUCCGCAUUGCCCGCGAUAUUGAAGACUCCGAUGUCGAGCAGGAGGUCGCGGUGCUCAAUAUGUUGGCCGCCAAACUAUCCCUGCCCACAUCAAAGGUCUUUAAGUACGACACAUCGACUGAUAAUGUUCUCGAGAAGCCCUACAUGAUCCAAACCCGACUUGAAGGCCAGCUCCUCUCGGAUAUUGGCAAAGAUCUUAACCUGAAGCAAUGGGAGUCUGUUAUCAAGAACAUCAUUUCGCUCAAUGAUCAAAUCACGGCAUUCGAGUCCUCGUCGUCUGGGGAGAUCGCCAAGGAUAACAUUUCUGCGACCCCUCAAUCGGCUGUGUCAAUCGACAAGUUCCACGUUCCUCGCAAGGGAAUGACUAGCCGAGAAUUCACCAAACCGAGCACUUGGCCUUCGCAACCUCAGAGCGUUAUGUCCUCUAUGCUCGAGCAAUGCGAGCGCUGGCGUGAAUACCAAAACUCCAAGGGCUCCAACUGGGAUCAUAUCUGGGACGGCUUUUCCGCUAUCAUCCGCUCUCUGGACGAGCGUGGCUUCCUCGACGGAUCUUUCUCUCUCGCCCACGGCGACUUCAAGGGAUACAACAUGCUUUGCACCAUUCAAAACGAAUCUACAGUCGAGAUCACCGGUGUCAUCGACUGGGACUUCGCCAUGUUUGUGCCCAAGUUCCUAGCUUUCCGCGGACCCUUCUGGCUCUGGCUCGACGACGGUACCCCCAGCCACGUAUACGAUUUGGAAGGGUCAGCAACUAUCGAACCCACUGGCGAGCGCGAGUGCGCUCUCAAGUCGAUCUUUAUGGCUGGGGCUUCUGACGAGUGGAAGAAGUUCGCCUUCGCACCAGAGGCUAUUCUUGCUCGUAGGAUGUUUGUUAUUCUCAAGGACGGAAUUUUCGGUCCCUGGGCUGUCGAUGAAGUAGCAGCUAUUAUCCAGGAAUGGAUCGCGCUGCAUCCCGAGGAUAAUAUCCCUGUGGAAGAAACUCACUCUUCGGACGAGGAAAUGUCGGACGAUGAGAUGUCGGAUGAGGAGGAAUCCGAUGAUGAGCAAGAUAGCGAUGAGGAGUCCGACGAUGAGUAG